AGCCGGGACAAUUUCAUCCCGGAACGUUUGUUUCUGUGCUUUCGGGUGUCCGGGUAUUAUUGGGCGUGCGCUACGGCGGAGGUGGUUGCCACGGCGACGCCUGGAAAGAUGGCUGCGACGCCUUCAUCGGAUUCCGACAGCGGGAGAACUGAGAGCAACGAAGCCAAUUCGAAAUGGCUGGACGCGCACUACGACCCCAUGGCCAACAUCCACACCUUCUCCUCCUGCUUGGCCCUGGCAGAUUUGCACGGCGAUGGGGAGUACAAGCUGGUGGUGGGAGACCUUGGUCCAGGUGGGCAGCAGCCCCGCUUGAAGGUGUUGAAAGGCCCGACAGUGCUGACCGAAAGCCCACUGACUGCCCUGCCAGCAUCUGCUGCCACCUUCCUCAUGGAGCAGCAUGAACCCAGGACACCAGCCCUGGCGCUUGCUUCAGGACCAUGUGUCUAUGUAUAUAAGAAUCUUAGACCUUACUUCAAGUUCAGCCUGCCCCAGUUACCUCCAAACCCUUUGGAACAAGAUCUUUGGAACCAGGCCAAAGAGGACCGGAUCGACCCCUUAACCCUGAAGGAGAUGCUGGAGGGCAUCCGGGAAAAGGCAGAGGUGCCUUUGUCUGUACAGUCACUCAGGUUUCUGCAGCUGGAGCUGAGUGAAAUGGAGGCAUUUGUGAACCAGCACAAGUCCAAGGUUAUCAAGCGGCAGACAGUCAUCACCACCAUGACGACCCUAAAGAAGAACCUGGCGGACGAAGAUGCAGUGUCCUGUCUGGUGCUGGGCACUGAGAACAAGGAGCUCCUAGUACUUGACCCUGAGGCCUUCACCAUUUUGACCAAGAUGAGCCUACCCAGUGUCCCUGUCUUCCUGGAGGUUUCUGGCCAGUUUGAUGUGGAGUUCCGGCUGACUGCUGCCUGCCGAAAUGGGAGUGUCUAUAUCCUGAGAAGAGACUCCAAACACCCCAAAUACUGCAUCGAGUUGAGUGCCCAGCCUGUGGGGCUGGUCCGGGUACACAAGACCCUGGUGGUGGGCAGCACCCAGGAGAGCCUGCAUGGCUUCACUCACAAGGGUAAGAAGCUGUGGACAGUGCAGAUGCCUGCAGCUAUCCUGACCAUGAAUCUCCUGGAGCAGCGUUCCCGGGGCCUACAAGCUGUCAUGGCUGCUCUGGCCAAUGGGGAAGUCCGCAUUUACCGUGACAAGGCCCUGCUUAAUGUCAUCCAUGCCCCUGAUGCAGUAACGAGCCUUUGCUUUGGCCGAUACGGUCGAGAGGACAACACCCUCAUCAUGACUACUCGAGGUGGUGGCCUGAUCAUUAAGAUCCUGAAGCGUACAGCAGUGUUUGUAGAAGGGACAGGUGAGAUGGGCCCACCACUAGCACAGACCACAAAACUCAACGUGCCCCGAAAGACCCGGUUAUAUGUGGAUCAGACCCUGCGAGAGCGGGAAGCUGGCACUGCCAUGCACCGAACCUUCCAGACAGACCUCUACCUGCUGCGCCUGCGGGCUGCCAGAGCCUAUGUACAGGCCCUGGAGUCCAGCCUGAGCCCCAUGUCAACCACAUCUCGGGAGCCACUCAAGCUGCACGCUGUGGUUCAAGGCCUGGGCCCCACCUUUAAGCUUACACUUCACCUACAGAAUACCUCAACAGCUCGGCCAGUACUGGGGCUGCAGGUCUGCUUCUUGUACAACGAGACACUCUAUUCCCUGCCCCGGGCCUUCUUCAAGGUUCCUAUGUUGGUGCCAGGACUCAGUUACCCACUGGAGACCUUUGUGGAGAGUCUCAGUAGCAAGGGCAUCUCAGACAUGAUCAAGGUGCUGGUGCUCCGGGAAGGCCAGAGUGCACCCCUGCUGAGUGCCCACAUCAACAUGCCUGUGAGUGAGGGGCUGGCAGCUGCUUGAGCCCUGGGCCAACACUCAAGCCUUCACAGAAAGGAGCCAGCCAGAUCCAGUGACUUCCAGUGUCCCCCAGGCCACACCCCCACACAGCGGGGUACUGAGGCUUCAGCUUCCUGUUCCUCUCUGAAACAGUCUCUGCUCCCCACUUUUGCCUCUGGGUCUGAGCCACAAGACAGGGGAUGCUCAGAAUCAGCUCCUCCUCCCUCAGAACCCUCCUGAGCACUGUCCCACAAUUCCUGCUGCCUACCACCCUCCCUAGCUCUUUAAAGAAAUCUCCCCAGGUCCCAGGAAGAGAACUGAGGUGAUCAAAGUGAGCAGAGGCCCAAUCCUUCCUUCCACUCAUCUGUUUCAGAUCAAGAACACAAUUGCUCAGGGCGUUGAUUGGCCUGGGAAUUCGGCUGAGACUGAGUCCCUGCUGCCCUUUAAGGUUUCUGCCAGCUUAGCUCGCAGGCACUUGUACUAAGCAUUCCUCGGGAAUGAGGGGCUCUAUUUUUCUACCUUGCUGCUCAGGAGCACAGGGCUCUGUCCACAAUCUGAGACUAGCCACAAAGAUUGCCAGAGGAGGAGUGCAAGAGGUAGAGGGGAUCCAUGUGAGGAGCUGGAGGUCCCAGCCGCAGCCAGAGCUCCCACACAGCAGCUGCUCCUGCCCUGAAUGCUCGAGUCGAGUCCAGAGACAUCGUUCCUGAAAUGGAAUACCAAGCUAGAUAGCACAGCUAGGGCUAGUGGCUUGAGGCGGACUAUUUCAGGGACCCGGGAAGUGACCCAAGAAGCAGAUGCCAACCAGUACCUAUGAGGAUCCACUUAGCCCAAACGGUCCAGAGGGUGGAAUGUUUUCUGUGCCGUGGCAAAAAUAUGCAUGAGGUCCCUGGAAAAGGUGCACAUUAGGGGUCUAGAAUGAAGGAGAAGACUAAACAAAGGUGUAUUUAGAUGCCAGCGGCCCCUGGCCCUCCUCAAAGACCAUUCUGAACAAUUUGAGAAUCGGGCCCUGCUCCAUGGAGACCAACAUUUUCUCCUGUCUGACCAGGUUGAUCCUGGUGUGUGGCACACAGCUCAGGCCUGCCUCCUCAGGCUUCUUUCUCUCUCCAGUAAAAGAAGAGUUUAACUGGAUUAAUUCCGAACAGCUCUAACAUCAUCAGAGCUUGGCAGCUCCUAGGGAGGAAGGCAAAAAAACGUUCCAAAAAGGCUAUACUGAACUGCAUGACUUUUGCUCACAGGACCAAUGGGUCCAAUCUGGCCAGUACUGCCCAGUGACAGCAUCUGAAUCCACUUGGGGCCCAGGAUGACACUGCCCACCUUGACCCUUCCAGAGUACUUGGAAGUUAGGCUAAGAGACAAUGGGCCUAGACCAUCCUCCUUCCCAUAUUGCCCAUCUGUAGGGGAGACCCAGCCAAUCACCUUGCUUGCAGGGGCGGGGUCCCCUGAGGAUAUUUUUUACUUAUAAAGAUUGCGGGUGUGCUCCCCUCCUCC